GGGAGAAGAGCAGGUUCGCUGGGAGCUGCGAGACCUGAAGAAGAAGAAGAGAGGGGCGACGGCAGGGCGGCCGGUUCGCGAGCCAAACUGAAGAUUGAGAAGCUGGUUUCCACCUCAGGCCUUAAAGAUGGUGAUCAAUGUCUGCCUUCCUCAGUUCAAGCCAAGAAUUCUCUGCAACAAGAUCUCCGCUGAUGGAUAUGAAGUAGAAAACCUGAUCUCGGAAGACCUUGCCAAGAGAAAUCGUGGGUUCCGCUGUGAAUAUUUCAUCAAGCCCCCGGUCCACGUGACGCUUUCCUUCCCCUUCAAUGUAGAAAUUUGUCGGAUUAAUAUUGACAUCUCCUCAGGGAGCUGUCACAAUAUCACUGGGCUGGAUAUUUGCACGUCUACCUCAUCCGGUAAAGCCUCGUGGAGCAGCCCGGAGUCUCCCUUCUCGGGUCCGGCUGGUCAGCCUGCGUUGGACAAAGAGGUUUUCACACUGGUGGGCAAAGCUGUGCUGAAGAAUCAAAGCAAAGUGACGUUCGGCCACCGAGGCUUUAAGCCCAGGGCCCCCUUCCAUCACCAGAUGGACACGCUCUUCUCCUUUUCUGGUGCUGCGUCUCUGGACCUGUGGAAUAAAGGCCCGACAUCCUUGAGUGGAGUGUCGCACUUGAAAAUCUGCAUCACCCAUGUGGCCGGCGGUGGUCUCCCUUGCAUUAAGAAAGUGGAGGUUUGGGGCCAGCCAGCCAAAGCCUGCUCUCACGAGGUGGUUGACGAGGUGCUCCGGGUUGCCUCGGAGUCCUUGGCCCAAGGCUUCGGAGGGCAGGCGGCCAGCCUCCCCUCGCCCAUGGAGAGCGACACGGUGCCCUUCGGCAACUCCGACAGCCAAGAGCACAAGUUGGCGGAUGUCGUUCCGGACGUCCCAGAGGAGUUCCUGGACCCGAUCACUCUGGAGGUCAUGACCCUCCCCAUGCUGCUGCCGUCCGGCAAAGUGAUCGACCAAGGCACCCUGGAGAAGUGCAACCGGAGCGAGGCGUCUUGGGGGCGAGUGCCCAGCGACCCCUUCACCGGGGUGACUUUCAGCCAGCACGCACAGCCCCUUCCCCACCCCUCUCUCAAGGCGAGAAUAGACCACUUCCUGCUCCAGCACAGCAUUCCUGGCACUAACCUCCUGGGGCGGGCGCAGGCCUUGGGGACGGUGGUAGCCUCUUCUAUAGCCAUGUCUUCUCUCAAAAGGAAAAUAGACCUUGUGGAGCAGAACCCGGGCAGCCACCGCCACACGGAGCCUUUCCGUUUUUCCGCAACAGACUUUGUAGUCACGUCUGCCUUGGAGUCCCGGGCUAAAAAAAUGAAAACGGAGUGCGAUCCGAACUCCUCCCAAAUGGACUGCUCAACAGGUCUGGUUUCUCACGAACAGAGGCUUUCAGAAAGCUUGGAUAGCGCCCUGAGCUCCGCACUCAGCAAUAUGCCGUUGUUCACAGCUAGCUUGACAAAAGGUCAGCCACAAGCACACAGCGGCAGCGGCUCUAGCAGCCUCCUGUGGAAUGCAAGCAGCACACAUGAGCACGACAGGAACAGCAGCGGCGCCCAGGGAUGUUCUUCCUGUUCUCGGACCUUUUCUUUGUACUUCAAAACAGAGCCCGUUUACCAGCUCCCUUGUGGCCACCUUGUCUGUCGCUCUUGCUUGGCCGAGAAGCAGAAGUCUUUAUCGAUACUGUGUAUGAAUUGCAAAAGGUUGGUCGCCACCCAUGACAUCAUGAGGGUCCAUUUCUGACAUGUUUUUUUGUGACGCUCUCUCUGGAAUUGGAUGACAAUAAGAAUAAAAAAAAGUGAGCUGCAGAGGACCAAGGAGCGGGGAGACGUGGCUGUUCCCCCUCCUUUGGGUCAUGCAAAAAGGAACUUUGCAAAAAGGAUCUUUGUGAGGUUUUGAAGAGGACUGGAUCCUUUUAGAGAGAACAGACGGGGCUAUAGUGUUGUACGUUGUGCCAGAGCUGAAGCGAUCAAAGGAUAAUAAAGCCAUAUGCUUCUCUAAUUCUCCCCAGCCUCCAAAAGCUCAUUUUUAGACAAAAAGUCCAUGUAAACAAACUUUAUUUUGCCACCAUUCAAACAGCCCAAGCGCAGAUGGCGUCUUGCUUUGGGGUUGGGAUGCUCAACGUUCACGUUUUGUGUGACCUAUUCAGUAAGAGAGCUUUUUGGUUCUGGCGAGGAAAGUACAUGACUGCGGAGAACGUACCGUCCAUCAUCGGCAUCCUCUCUGCAUCGUUUUUUCCAGACUUGCAAAAAACAAAGAACAGGUACACAGGUUGUCUUUUCCGAAGACCAGGUAGCCACCUGGGAGAGGGGGUGCAUUGGGCAAUGUUUGAACAGAGCUGGUGCCAAAUUUCAUUAGUUGUGCAAUCUGUAUAAAAAGGUCUGUGUGUAAUACGCACACGCACACACACACACACACAUAUAUCUGUUGUCAUUCUUGAUUUCUGUUGUGCAACCGGGGAGAAGCGGGUGGCCAGCUUUCUUCCCGACUAGCAGAUAAUAAUGUAUAAGCCUUAAUAAAAUUAUGAUCAGAUGUC